UUAUUCAGACUUAAACAAAUUCAUAUUCAUGAAGUUUUCUCCUUUUGUGCAGGUAAACCUAGGGAGCAUGAUUCAAGUGACAGUGGCACAGAAAGUUAUGAGGGCUCAGAUUCAUUGCUACAGUCUUGGAAUAGUCAAUCCUCCUUAGUAGAUGUUCAACGGGUCCCAUCCUAUGAGAGCUUUGAAGAUGACUGCAGUCAGUCCUUGUGUCUGAACAAACCCACAAUGUCCUUUAAAGACUACAUUCAAGAAAGGAGUGACCCGGUAGAGCAAGGGAAACCAGUUAUACCAGCAGCAAUACUAGCAGGAUUUACAGGUAGUGGACCUAUACAGCUGUGGCAGUUUCUUCUAGAACUUCUGACUGACAAAUCUUGUCAGUCAUUCAUUAGCUGGACUGGAGAUGGUUGGGAGUUUAAACUUGCAGACCCAGAUGAGGUUGCAAGAAGAUGGGGCAGAAGAAAAAACAAGCCCAAAAUGAACUAUGAAAAGUUGAGCCGUGGCCUGCGUUAUUAUUACGAUAAGAACAUUAUUCACAAAACUUCAGGCAAACGUUAUGUAUACCGUUUUGUAUGUGACCUACAAAAUCUGUUGGGAUAUACAGCAGAGGAACUCCAUGCAAUGCUGGGAGUGCAGCCAGAUACUGAAGACUGAGCAUUCCUGUCAUGUGAGCUUUGGAUGCAAGAGCACAUGAAUCUGUGAAUUGGGACCUUCUGCAUCAGUCAUUGGUUUUAUCUUCUGACUGUUUGGAGUGGUACACUGCUGAACUCCUAAAAGAAGUGUUUUCAUAAUCGGGGGAAGUCAAGGGAAAGAAGAAGCCUCAGUUUCAGGCACAAUAAGAACUUUGUAUCCAGCCUUUCAGCAGCCUUUCCUGAGGUCAACCCAGUUCCUGACUGCAAGCUAAA